UCAUGAUGUGAGACAGACGGAGAGCAAGAGAGAGAGCAAGAUCCUACUGGUGGAACACACAGGACACUUACCAGGACAGUUGUAGCUUUCACAGCCUCUGUGAUACCUUUUCUUCACAUCUGAAAAACCUGAUAUCUGCAGUCUGUGCUCAUAGCAACUGUGGUAGUGAUGAUAAUAGCCAAACAGCAAGCUGAUAUCACAACUAUUUACACAGCCAGGACUCCAAAAUUGGACUGUUUCUGGGACAACAGGAGGUGCACCCUGCUCUGGGGGCUAACUGUUAAGCAUGCUGGGUAAGGCUCAGCCAACUACCAGUAACCUCAACCUGGUGAACUCAGAAGUUUCUGACGCCACAGCGGCCCCGGACGUACACGACGGUAUCAAGAUGGCCGACCUGGUGGAAAGUUUGGACACCAGAGAGCUGGACAUAGGAGAGGGAGAGGAGAUCGACUAUGAUGGAAACUACUUAGGGGACUGUCGUAUCCCAUUUUCAGCAGUGUAUGCCACAGUGGGCUUCAAGGAGGCCAGUGCUAGGGUUUACCUCCCCACUGUGCCCAUUACUGCCCGGAUCCUGGAGGUGGAGAGAUUCACCACUGCUCAGGACCGCUUCAACCUGUCGCACCACAGGAGUGUCAACAAGUCUCUACCAGCAGUGUUUAAGAUUGAGCUGAAGCAUGGUGAGUUUACCUGGGUGGUGAAGAGGAAGGAGAAACAUUUCAUGGAGCUGCACAGAGAGCUGAGGACAUACAAGACCUUCAUGAGGAUACCGCUGCCAUCGCGCAGCCACACGGUGAGGAGAAGAACAGUGAGGAAGAGCGAGGUGAGGGAGAUGCCGUCCCUGCCGAGGGGAGGAGGAGACGAGCUGGUGCGAGACGAGCAGGUGUCCAGCCGGAGGAGACAAUUAGAAGACUAUUUGAACAAGCUGCUGAGGAUGGCCAUGUACCGCAAAUAUCACCAUACUAUGGAGUUCAUUGACGUCAGCCAGCUGUCGUUCAUUCAUGACUUGGGACCCAAAGGAUUGGAAGGGAUGAUCUAUAAGCGCUCAGGCGGACACCGUAUCCCUGGCAUGAACUGCUGUGGUCACAGCCAAGCCUGCUACCGCUGGUCCAAACGCUGGCUGGUGGUGAAGGACUCAUGCUUGUUGUACAUGAAGCCAGACUCAGGGGCCAUUUCCUUCGUCCUGCUGGUGGAUAAAGAAUUCAGCAUCAAGAUGGACUCCAAAGACACAGAGACCAAACAUGGUGUCCGGAUUGAUAGCCUCUCCAGGACCCUGGUGUUUAAGUGCAGCAGCUACAGACACGCCCGCUGGUGGGGUCAGAGCAUCGAGAGCUUCGUGAGGAAUCAUGGGAAGGCCUUCCUGCGAGACCAUCGCUUUGGAUCAUUUGCGCAGGAGCAGGAAAACAUCCCUGCCAAAUGGUAUGUUAAUGGAAAGACUUACAUGGAGGAUGUGGCUGAUGCUCUGGAGGAGGCUAAAGAGGAAAUCUUCAUCACUGACUGGUGGCUGAGUCCAGAGAUCUUCUUGAAGAGACCUGUGGUGGAGGGCAACAGAUGGAGACUGGACUGUAUCCUCAAACGCAAAGCACAACAGGGAGUGCACAUCUUUGUGAUGCUGUAUAAGGAGGUGGAGCUUGCCCUGGGCAUCAACUCAGGCUACAGCAAGAGGACCCUGAUGCACCUGCACCCCAACAUUAAGGUGAUGCGUCAUCCAGACCACGUCUCCUCCUCCGUCUAUCUGUGGGCACAUCACGAGAAGAUCGUCGUCAUUGACCAAUCGGUGGCUUUCGUGGGCGGGAUCGACCUGGCGUACGGUCGCUGGGAUGACAGGGAGCACCGGCUGACUGAUGUCGGCAGCGUGACGCGCUCUGUGGCCCUGGAGCAGCAGGCUGGUUCCACCAAUGCUCCGUCCAGUAAGAGCGUGCCUCCUGUUGAUGGCAUCUCCCAGAGCAACGGACGAGGGACGCCGCCCAGUGACCCGGUGGACUUGCCCAAGCUGAAGGGGAUCGGUCGCAACAGGAGGGCUCGCUUCAGCCUGUACAGACACCUGCAUAAACACACUCUGCAGCAUGCAGACAGUGUCAGCAGUGUGGACAGCGCAGGGAGUGGUUCUGUGCAAAGCCUGAAGACAGGUGUUGGAGAAUUACAGGGUAACACUCGCUUCUGGCAUGGAAAAGACUACUGCAACUUUGUCUACAAGGACUGGAUCCAGCUGGAGAAACCUUUUGAUGACUUCAUCGACAGAUAUACCACUCCCAGAAUGCCUUGGCAUGACAUUGCUUCAGUGGUUCAUGGCAGAGCCGCCCGGGAUGUGGCCAGACACUUCAUUCAGCGCUGGAACUUCACCAAGAUCAUGAAGCCAAAGUAUCGCUCUCUGUCUUAUCCAUUCCUACUGCCCAAGUCUCACUCCAGUGCAGAUGACCUCAGAUACCAAGUCCCUGAGUGCGUCGAUGCCAAAGUGCAAGUAUUGCGGUCAUCAGCAGACUGGUCAGCAGGAAUAAAGUACCAUGAGGAGUCCAUCCAUAAUGCCUACAUCCAGGUCAUUGCCAAGAGCAAACACUACAUCUACAUAGAGAACCAGUUCUUCAUCAGCUGUGCCGACAACAGGACGGUCUACAACAAGAUUGGAGACGCCAUCAUUGAACGGAUCAUCAGAGCACACAAGGAGGGCAAGAAGUACCGUGUCUAUGUGGUCACCCCUCUGCUUCCUGGCUUUGAGGGGGACAUAACCACAGGGGGUGGGAAUGCCAUUCAGGCUGUCAUGCACUUCAACUACAGAACCAUGAUCAGAGGAGAGUACUCCAUCAUCUCCCAGCUGAAAAGGGAGAUGGACGACCAGUGGAUGAACUACAUUUCCUUCGCUGGUCUGCGGACUCACGCUGAGCUGGAGGGACGCCUGGUCACAGAGCUCAUCUACGUCCACAGCAAGAUGCUCAUCGCAGAUGACAACACAGUCAUUAUUGGUUCUGCUAACAUCAAUGACAGAAGCAUGCUUGGUAAGCGUGACAGUGAGGUGGCAGUGAUUGUUGAGGACUCCCAGAAGGUGGCCUCUGUGAUGGAUGGACAGGAGUAUGAAGCUGGACCCUACGCACUCCAGCUACGCCUUGAAUGCUUCAGGACUAUCCUUGGAGGUCACACUGACACCAGCAUUGACCUGUCUGACCCCAUCAGUGAUCGGUUCUAUAAGGAGGUGUGGAUGACCACAGCCGGCCGCAAUGCCACCAUUUAUGAGAAGGUAUUCCGCUGCCUUCCUUCGUCUCUGGUGAGGAACAUGUCUGAGCUGGAGCAGUACCAGUCAAAACCAGGCUUGGCCCAGUCUGACCUGACCCGUGCUCAGGAGGAGCUGCGCAAAAUCCGAGGCUUCCUGGUCCAGUUUCCUCUGGACUUCUUGUCUGAGCAUAACCUCAUGCCCUCUGUUGGAACAAAGGAGUCCAUGGUCCCAACUGAGAUCUGGACAUAAAGGAACGUGAAAACCACUGCCAAACUACUUACACAUCCAAACCGAACUAUUUCAUCGGUGACAUCUCCGGAUUGUGAUUAUGAUCGAA